AUGAAUUGGAAAGGAAAUGGUGGUGAUAAAAGGGAGUGGGAGAAAAUCAAAGAAGAUGAACGACCUUCAACGGAUGCCUGGGCAGCAUCGUGCCAGGAUCCAUGCGUUGGUAAAGUCCGCCCAAAACGUGAUUUCCGUUUCCAGGUUAUUCAAGUUCGACAAGGCCCAAAAUGGUUCAUCUGGCCAUCGAGAAGAAAGAAUAAGUCGGAGGAGGAUAUCCCGAAAGCGAAUAACAAUAAUGUUACUAAUAACAUCGCUGCAAAUGUUGUAAACACUUCCUCCAGACGUUCCUUUAAUCGGAAUACUAAACGUUCAGUGAAUCACGUAGACGAGCCUACAGCUCAGGCUGCUACGUCUAAUGAAAAUGAUGAGGUGGCAACAGUGACGGCAGUUCCACCAAAUUUCAAUGGUGCGGCAUCGGAGCCGACAACUCGUCGUCUGUCAGCCAAAAUUCAUAAAGCAAAAACUGAACCGAUAACCACUUCAUCAACCACUUCGUCGACAUUUAAAAUCCUUUCAAUUUCAAAGAAAUGGGACAGUUUUGGCAACACAGAUGAUGAGCUAGAGGACGUGGAAAAAGUGAUGGUUGUUUCUUGCCGUCAAAUGUCACUGAAUCUUGAGCAGCCAUCACAGAAUCUAUCUGCUUCGCCGCCGAACAAUGCAAAUCAGGUGCGCUGA